CUUAGUCACAAACCAGCAGAGCUACAGAGCACAUCUAAAAAGCAAAGCACUUAAAAAAGAUCAUGGCGACUUACAUCCAAAUCAAAAAGCGAAGGAUGACCAUCGGAGCUCCGUUGGAGUUUCAUCAGAAUGGUGGAGAACGCGAGAACGAGCAGCAUAGCGAUAGGCGAUAUAAAAGGGAGGACCUCCCGGUCGAGUCUAUCAACCGUAGGAAGAGACGGAUGUCGACGGACACAGUAUAUAUGGACCCCUCGCACACUAGGCGCCAGAACUUGAAUGACCAGCGGUCUGGUGGCCAAAGAGAACGGGUCUUCGGUCGUUUAGUGGAUAUUAUGCAUAACAAAGUGACCAAGGAGAAUUCCCAGAUCUAUGGAAAUGGGAAGGGCAAGAAGCGCGUUUCUGGCUGCGUCGACUCGGACGACUCGUCGUCGAACAGCGGUGGGGAAGUUCGUCCCAAGAAGAAGGGUCAGCCACGUGUUACCACCCUGGAGGAGCUAAACCAGGCAGUCCUCGGCCGAAACUAUUUAGAAAGCAUAUUGGAUAAGCCGAUGUUCAUGGCGACUAUAAUCGGUUGCUACGUACGACUUAAACAUAAAUCGGAGUUUAAAGUUUUUCGGAUCGUGGAUCAUUAUCUGGCCAAAGAACCUUAUCUACUCGGCACAAAGCAGACAAAAAUAACGCUCAAUGUGAAACAUGGCGCGGAAAGCUAUUCAUCCACAAUGAACUUUGUUUCCAAUAAGGAAUUUUCCCCACAGGAGUUUCACAAGUGGAUCGAAACCAAUCGGCGCGAUGGACUGGUAUUGCCAACACUUUAUGAGAUCGCCAAGAAGCAGGUGGAAAUGGAAAGAACCUCUGCGUAUAUCUAUACCGAAUCUGAUGUUGAAAAUCUUAUAAAAGCCAAGGGGAUGUCUGGUCAAAAUCAAAAAAUCGCUCAUAAGAAAAUAAAUUUAAUCAUGAAACGCGAUGCAGCACUGGGUGUUAAUGAUGCGGAAAAGGUUGCACAAUUGGAUAAAAAAAUGGAGAUGAUAGAGGAGCAGGCCAGAGCCCAGGUCGAGAAUACUCGCGAACAUCGAAAACCGAUUCCGAGAAUACCCCGUGUGAACCACGUGCCCACUCUUUAUCGUCACGAUGUGGCUGGCCCAUCGGGUAGCAAGAGAACCCUAGCGGAUCGGGUUCCCAAGUCAAAGGAGACCGAUCUAGAGCAGUAUAUGCGUCGAACAUAUAGGAGGAGCGCCGUGGGCAGUCGCAAGCGAGUGGGAACUGAUGAACGUGAUGGGAAGGAAGCUAGGCGUACAGUUUCCAAAGAAAUACCCACGGUCGAGAGCGACGAGGAGAAGAAGAAACCUUUUCGCCUUAACCUAGGCUUGGAUUUAAAAGGAUUAGCUCCUUUAAAAAAAUUAUUUCCUGGUGUCAAGUUCACAGAGUAGUGCAAAUGGCUAUCAAAGACAACAUCGGAUAUACGAGUUUAGUACAUCUGCAAGAUUGUAUGAACUCGAGUAAUCAAGCACACUUGUAUCCGAAAUGAAUGCUAAUAAACUUACACAACUGGAGAUCCCAAAACACACAACUGGAGAUCCCGAUUAUAAA